AUGGAGUUUCGUGUUUGGAGCGAUUUUGCGAAAUUGCGACAGAAUGAUUUUGACAAUGCCGUGUCGAAACUGCAUCACGUGGUGACAACAAGAUUGCUGCUUCUGUUCACUGUGUUGACGGCACUUUAUGUUUGUCCAGAAGACGACCCAGUCAUGGGCGGCAUUUUCGGAGGCUCACUGGCAAAACCCAUUGUUUGCAUGGCCCAUGGGCAAGAAGCGCAUCCAGCGAUACUCAAUUAUUGUUGGGUAACUUCGGCUUACACGCUUGAGAGUGAACUGAACAAGAAGCCAGGCCCUGUUGGGGACGAAGAACCCAUUUUCCAAGCAUUCUACCAAUGGGUUCCGUUCAUGCUGCUCUUGCAAGCCAUGCUCUUCUACGCUCCGCAUUAUUUUUGGCAAAAUGCUUUAAGGAACCAUAGGUUAGACAAAGUCAUUGAGGCAUCAAUGGGAAGAACUGAGGUGGCGAAAUCGGUCGCCAAAUUCAUCUCUACAUCACUCGGCCGUCAUCGUUCUGUUUUUCUCGCAAUCAUUGUAAAAGAGAUAUUAAGUUUGGCCGUGGUUGGAGCAAAUAUCUACUUUACAGAUGUUUUCCUCGGAGGGCAGUUCACAACAUAUGGAAUCGAAGUUCUGAAGCUAAUUGACAGCGAUGGCACAAAUCGCACGGACCCGAUGAUCAAGCGAUUUCCUCGGGUAACCAAGUGUACUUGGCAUUCAUACGGCCCGUCGGGAACCAUCAAAAAAGAAGACUACAUGUGCCUUUUGUCAAUCAACAUGAUGAGCGAAAAGAUCUACAUUUUUCUGUGGUUCUGGUUCCUUCUGCUGGCAUUGGUUUCCGUGGCUCACUUGUGCAAGAGAUUGAUUGAAAUUCUUUUUGCUCGGUUUCGGACCAGUCAAUUGGUGUCAACCAUUGGGAAUGGGAGUUCAAAAAACUACGUCACGUUCAUUUGCAAGCGUGGAAACAUUGGGGAUUGGUUCUUGCUUCGAGAAAUCAUGCGAAAUGUUCACUCAGUUAGGUACGAUUUCAUUUUGAGUCAAAUAGUUGCGAACAUAAAACGAGAGGAGAGGUUGAUCGAGCGCAUGUGA